CCUCACCAGCUGCCUUCCCCUGCCGAUCGACCUCCCCCUUCAAUGCCUUGUCUUCUUCCCUACCGGCGCAGGACCCCAGGCCGCGACCAGCCAUGACCACCAAGAACCUCAAGCAGCAGCAGCAGCAGCACGUGCUGCCCAUGGUGGUGGCCGGCAUGGCCGCCGCCGCCACCCCGGCUUGCCCCGUCCGGACCAAGCUCCUGCUCUGCGCGGCCCUCGGCUUCGCGAUCGGCGUCGUGGCCACCGUCUCCCUCCUCUUGAGCUCCGCCUCCCCCUACACGGCCUCGCUCCACGCCCACGGGGGAACGCUCGCCGGGCUCUUCAUGCCGGCCUCCGCCGCCGCGAACGCCGUCCGGGACCGGCAGCAGGAGCCGCCCGCGGCGCCGCGCCCGCCACGGCCGGAGCAAGGGCCGCCGGCCGUCCCCGCAAUGAUCCGGCGGCCUCGGUCGUCGCCGGAGCCGCCGCCGGCGGCCACUAGCGCUACUACUGCCCCUCCGCCACCGACGCCGGCUGGCGUUGGCGGUGCCUCCCGCGGCAGCGGCAUCGGCAUCGGCGGCGGGGACGACGACGACAAGGAGCUGAUGGCCCUGGCGGCGUCGGCGCCGCGGGCGGUGCCGGCCGGCGCGGCGCCCAAGGUGGCGUUCCUGUUCCUGACGCGCUGGGACCUGCCCAUGGCGCCGCUGUGGGACAAGUUCUUCCACGGCCACCGCGGGCGCUACAACGUCUACGUGCACACCGACCCGGCCUUCAACGGCUCCGAGCCGCCGGAGACCUCCGCCUUCCACCGCCGGAGGAUCCCCAGCAAGGAGGUGAAAUGGGGCCGCGUCAGCAUGGUGGAGGCGGAGCGCCGGCUGCUGGCGCACGCGCUGCUGGACGACCCCUCCAACGCCCGCUUCGUCCUCCUGUCGGAGUCGCACGUCCCGCUCUUCGACUUCCCCACCGUCCACUCGUACCUCGUCAACUCCACCGAGGUGUUCCUCGAGUCCUACGACCAGCCCGGCGCGACGGGCCGCGGCCGCUACAACCGCCGCAUGAGCCCCGUCGUGACCGCGGCGCAGUGGCGCAAGGGCUCCCAGUGGUUCGACCUGGACCGGGGCCUCGCCACCGACGUCGUCGCCGACCGCGUCUACUUCCCGGUCUUCCGGCGCUUCUGCAGCCGGGGCUGCUACGCCGACGAGCACUACCUGCCGACGCUCCUCCACAUCCGGCGGCCGGCGGCGGCCGCCAACCGGAGCCUGACGUGGGUCGACUGGUCCCGCGGCGGCCCGCACCCAGCGCGGUUCCACAGGGUGCAGGUCACCGUCGACUUCCUCCGGUGGCUCAGGAGCGGCACCACGUGCACGUACAACGGCAGGACCACCGACGUCUGCUUCCUCUUCGCGAGGAAGUUUUUGCCCAACUCGCUCACCAGGUUCCUGAGAUUCGCGCCCAAGGUGAUGGGUUUUGGCUAAACCGAUGAGUGCAUGGGCGGUGCUCACAUUCUUUGAUUCAUGUGUUGUUCCGGCGGAUGUGCGAGUGUAAAGGGGGGAUGGAUUUCUUGUGAUUUUAAAUCUUCUUUUGUAAAGGCAAUUCUCUCGAAUACAAGAUAUGCAUGUCAUCAUUUAUUAUUAGGAUCCAUGAUGGUCAAACUUUUUAAUUUUGACCACCGAUGUUAAAAAAAAUCACUAAGAAUGAAAAUGUAAGACA